UUUUUCCGUGACUCAGCCAAGACUGUUUCUCUAAGAAGAGAUCUCCAGACUGGGAGAGAUCCCCUGCCUGCCCUCCCAGGCCAAGUUCUGUACCGCCACGAAGGCUCUGAAUCCCCUCCAUGAAUCCUCAGAAGAAAGUGGACCUGAAACUCAUCAUCGUUGGAGCCAUUGGUGUGGGAAAGACCUCUCUCCUUCAUCAAUAUGUGCAUAAGACGUUUUAUGAGGAAUACCAGACGACUCUGGGGGCCAGCAUCCUCUCCAAGAUUAUCAUACUCGGUGACACGACGUUGAAACUACAGAUCUGGGACACUGGCGGUCAGGAGAGGUUCCGCUCCAUGGUGUCUACGUUCUACAAAGGCUCUGAUGGCUGUGUCCUGGCUUUCGAUGUCACCGACCUGGAGUCCUUUGAAGCCCUGGAUAUCUGGCGGGAUGACGUUCUGGCCAAGAUUGUCCCUACGGAGCAAUCCUACCCCAUGGUGUUGCUGGGGAACAAAAUUGAUCUGGCAGAGCGGAAGGUGCCCCAAGAGGUAGCCCAAGGCUGGUGUGAAGAGAAGGAUAUUCCGUACUUUGAAGUCAGUGCCAAGAAUGACAUCAACGUGGUGCAAGCCUUUGAGAUGCUGGCCAGCCGGGCUCUGUCAAGGUACCGAAGCAUCUUAGAGAAUCACCUCAUAGACUCCAUCAAGCUCUCACCAGACCAGUCAAGGAACAGGUGCUGCUGAUCUCCAGAUUCCCACUCUGGAUGCCCAGAGAGAGUGUCCGCC